AUGUCGUUUUCAAAAAUUAUUUCCAAUGGCCACUGCAAAUCCGGCAAGGACGAGCCAGAGGUCAUAGUAAUUGAAGACGAUUCUUCGUCUGAUACAGAAAUUUCAAACAAACCUGAGACUAAUAUUGGAUUAAACAAAUAUUUUACACCAUGGGGACCUUUGCCCAGCCUUGAAAAAAACUCGGAAAGCUCAAUCAAAACUUUAGUUCCUAAUAAAAAUGGAAGUAAUCAAACUUUUGCUUAUCAAAGUAAAAUUAAACCUAAUUCUACAAAGGAAAACCUUAUAAAUAUCAACAAACCUGUUCACCCUCCAAAAUCAAGUACAAACGACAACAAAUACAACAAAUUUGGUUUACCUCCCAAACCUUCAUUUCUAGAUUUUAGCCAUAAACCGGAAUCCACUAAUAAUUUAUUAUUGGACAACAAAUCUUCAAUUAUAGAUUCCAGCAAACAGGAUCCUCCUCCCCAACUUAAACUUGAUGAUACCAAAGAAAGUAGUUCAAAAUCGAAUUCACAAUUACCUCCUAAACUUUUAUUUGAGGAUACCAAAAAAAAUGAUUUAAAAUCGAACCCACAAUCUUCUCAAUCUUCUACCACCAAACGUUUUGAUAAUACCAAGUAUUUUGCCAAAAGAGAUGAAAUGUAUGAAGAAUUUUGCAAAAAAACUGAUGAAGCUUUGGACAAAGCAAUAAAUUCUAUAUUUGGUGACAACAAAAAAAGUGGUAAUGGUUCAAAACAGAACUUACAAUCACGUCCCUCUGAUAAUUCCAAAAAAAAUGUUAGUAGUAGUAUUUCAAAACAGAACUCACAAUUACGUCUCCCGGAUGAUUCCAAAAAAAAGGAUUCCCAAUUACGACCUAGUUCGAAACUUUUAACUGAGGAUAACAAAAAUUGUGAUUUGAAAAAGGAUUCACAAUUACUUUCAUUUCAUGAUUUUAUGAAAAAUGCAAAUUCCGAAUGCGCUGAUUCAAAACAUCGUGAACAAGAUAAACAGGAGAGAAUUAGAUUACAUAGGGAGGAGAGAUCGUAUCGAUUUAAUCCAUAUCCAAUGGAAAUGCCAACGACGAUGCGUCGACAAAUUAAUCCAUAUGAAAUUCCAGAUCCAUUUACAAGUAUUAAUGAAUAUUAUGCACGAUUUUUUCGAGAUUAA